UGCGCGAUCGGGUGGGUCUCGGGGCCUCGUGCUGCUGCCUUCUGGUCUGCGCUUCUUUGGCGUGCCCGGAACUCAGUGGUCGGUUCGUUACCGCCCUGUUCCCACCCUCACAUCUCUCAUUCCUUCUCCCUGGUAGGCUCUGACCAGGCUCCCUAAAGAAGGGGCUCUGUGUCUAGUGCGAACCGCCUUCCCCUCCACAUCCUCCCACUAAAUAAACAACACACGGGGUUGGGAGCUAAAGGUGUGCAAGGGAAGCAAGUGAUCACAUCUGACACAGCAAAAGGUGCGACCCUGGGUCCUGUUGAAGAUGAAUGUGCUUUUGAGAAAUCGCCUCUCGUGUCUGAUGCUCAUGACAGUGCCUCACAGAUGCCAGAGUGGUUCCCCGCCAGCUGUCCCCCUGGGGUCAAGGAUUUUAACUGACCCAGCCCGAGUGUUUGAACACAAUAUGUGGGAUCACAUGCAGUGGUCUAAAGAAGAAGAAGCAAUAGCCAGAAAAAGAGUAGAGGAAAACUCAGCAGUGCGAGUCCUGCUGGACGAACAAGUUAAAUAUGAGAGUGAAGCUAGCAAAUACUGGAAUACAUUUUACAAGGUUCACAAGAAUAAAUUUUUCAAGGAUCGUAAUUGGCUGUUGAGGGAAUUUCCUGAAAUUCUUCCGGUUGGUGGAAAAGCUGAAGAAGAGACCAAAGAAUCGUCUUGGGCUUGCCUAAAAACGAAUUCUGCAAAUUGCUUCCCAGCAAUGCACUGCCCUACUAUGCCUGAAGGAAGAACUCAGUAUAAGGAGAGUUAUGGCUCAGCAGAUGGUCAGAGUGAAAGAAGGCCUCAUUCUUCCCACUUGAACUCUGAAGAACACAGAGAAAGUUGUUUGAAGGCCGAGUUAUUUCCUGGGAGCAAUGCCACCUUCAGAAUACUAGAGGUUGGCUGUGGUGCUGGAAAUAGUGUGUUCCCAAUUCUGGACACCUUGCGAAACACUCCGGAGUCCUUCCUUUACUGUUGUGACUUUGCCCCUGAAGCUGUGGAGCUUGUAAAGUCGCACUCGUCCUACAGAGCCGCCCAGUGCUGUGCUUUUGUUCACGACGUGUGUGACGAGAGCUCACCUUUCCCCUUCCCCGAUGGGAUCCUGGAUGUCGUCCUCCUCAUCUUUGUGCUCUCUGCUGUUCAUCCUGACAGGAUGCAAAGUGUUGUCAACCGAUUGGUCAAGCUAUUGAAACCUGGGGGAAUGCUUUUGUUUCGGGACUACGGAAGAUAUGACAAGACCCAGCUUCGUUUUAAAAAGGGACAUUGUUUAUCUGAAAAUUUCUAUGUUCGAGGAGAUGGUACCAGAGCAUAUUUCUUUACAAAAGGGGAAGUCCACAGUAUGUUCUGCAAGGCCGGGUUAGAUGAAAAGCAAAAUCUGGUUGAUCGUCGCUUACAAGUUAAUAGGAAAAAACAAGUGAAAAUGCACCGAGUGUGGGUUCAAGGAAAAUUUCAGAAACCAUUGCACUGGACUCAAAAUAGCUCCAAGUUCAUGUUUUCGCUCCUUCCUUGUGACUGAACUAUGUAACCUGUUAAGGGACAAAAAUCCAGAGGACUGUAAUCUUCAAAGACUUCAAAUGUUUCCUUUUGUUAAAGCUAAUCAGUAGAAGAGAAUUUGUGUUUCCUGAUCUUUUAUCAUUGGUGAGCUCUUUUGUGCAUUUCAAGCACAUGUUUCAAAGAGUAUACCAUCUUCUUUGUUUUCAACGCCUGAUAGGCCCACGCUUGUUUGGGUUUAUUGUAUAUAAUUAUUUGUUUAUUGAAUUUUAUAGUAAUUAUUAAAUUACUGACAAGUCAGAUAAUUUUAAGAAAUGAUAACUUCCUGUUUUUUUAGAGGUGGAAAACUCAUCUACCUUAAUUAUCCAUUGGACUUAGUAAACCAUUUCCCAAACAGUCCCCAUUUGUCCUUUAUCGGGUGGCAUAGCCUGCAUGCCUGUUUCCAGGGAAAACUACAAGAUCAGGAAAAGCCCAAGAUCAAGGCACAUUGUUUCUCUGUCAUGUUGUCUGUUUAAAUGCUGAGGCUGAUGUCUAUAAUACAAUUUUAGUUUUUCUUUCCUCCCUAAAAAUGGGGAAGUGUGGCCCUUUGUUCACAGUACUUUGGGGCUAUUCUUAGAUGUACAAGUUGCUGUAAGCUGGUUUUUUUUUUUUUUAAACAACUGACAUACCCAACCAUGCAGACUCUUGCAACAGUUAAACAAUUUAUUCACCCCUUUGACCCAAAGAGGAUACAAGCUGCAAAUCACACCUUUUAAAAAUGGAGUUUCUGACUCCUGAUAUGCUGAGUCAUAUGGACUAACACAGUAAAGUCCCGGCCACAUCUUCCUGGAGCACACAGGGAAUGUAGCUGUGGAGCCACAGGUGCAUCUUCCAGACCUCUAAAGCCUGACCUAAAGACCAUAUGAACAGAUACUCAAAUAGGAAACCAUACCAGCCAGUGGAUUUUGGAUUUUUUAUGAGCCACAGAAAGCUGAAAGAAAAGGAUGUAGUUUUGAAAGGACCACCAUACCAUGACUCAGUCUCCUGUUUUUUCCUUUGGGUUUGCUUAGAAUUCAAGUUCCUGGAGGAAUGUAAUCCAUUGGCUGAGGUCACAGGUUCAUCUUUUUUUUU